UUGGACAUACAACCCUAUCAAACCACACCUUCACUGUUAUUACUGCAUCAGUACACACAGGUAAUUGCAUCAACACAAGCAGUGCCAUUGCCUCAUGACAAAGUGUUACCCUCCUUGUGCGUGAUUGGCUGUGACUGCACCCGCUGGCUCCUCCCUCUGUCCCAUUCACAUCUAAAGCUGAGCAACAACUGACUCAUUCACUGCCUGAAAAACAGCCUUAAAGCAAGAAUGGACAAAGUGAACUUCAACAGCCGAGUGAUGGCUUUUAAAGACCCGGGCUCCAGUCACUUGUCCCCAGAAACAAUCAAGAAGCUGAUCCACCUCUCACAGGAGGCAAAGAAACAGGCCUACUGUCCAUACAGCAAAUUCAGAGUGGGGGCUGCUCUCCUCACCCACGACAACCAUAUGUUUACAGGUUGCAACGUGGAGAACGCAUGUUACAACCUGGGGGUGUGUGCUGAGAGGAACGCACUAUCCAAGGCGGUGUCAGAAGGCUACAGGACUUUCCAGGCUAUCGCAAUCGCGAGUGACCUGGACGACCAGUUCAUCUCCCCCUGUGGUGGCUGCCGGCAGUUCAUGAGAGAGUUUGGAUCAAACUGGGACGUCUACCUGUCGAAGCCCAACGGCUCGUGCGUGAAGAUGACUGUGGACGAGCUGCUACCACUCUCCUUUGGCCCCGAGGACCUGUCCAUGAAGAAAGUGUUUGACAUUCCUAAUGAGUACUAAGCCUGUACAUUCUCACACAAACAAGAAAAGGAAGACACAAUGGUGCUUAAACAGUCAUAUGUCCUGCAUUUAAUGCAGUUAUAUUUAUGGUAAACAUUUGUUCUUUUAUUUGUAGGUGCUAAUUGUAAACAUGUAUUUAAAUUUUGCUCUACAUAAGCGGUAGCUUGACAAUGAACGGAUUAAUUAAUUGUUAAUCAUGUAUUUACCUACAUUGACAUUUUGAGUGUUGUUCUAUUGUAGAUAAAAAAUAUUUAUAAGAUAAAGCAAGAAGGAAAAUGACAAAUAUGAAAGUCAUCCACAUAUUUUAAUAAAUAAACGUUUUAAAAGGA